AAAAAAGUAAUUUAUGUGAAAAUGAGUACAACGGAGUUGUGGUUCGACGAUUCAUCGGACGAUGAAAGAUUAGUGGAACUAGCUAGAAGUAGAAAACAGUUGAGGGACGCCUCCAACCCCCUAGAAAUGGCUUCCACUGAAUUUUUAAAGAACUUUAGAUUAUCUAAAGAGGCGUUUGUGAACCUACUGUCCACUACAGAAAACCAGUUGCAGCAGUGCACCCGAGCCAAAUCGAUUCCUAAUAUUUUAAAGCUAGCCACAGUUCUGCGAUUUUGUGCUCAGGGAUCGUACCAAUUGAGUAUUGGUAAUGAAGGUAUGAUAGGACUUGCUCAACCCACUGUGUCUAUUGUGCUAUCAGAAAUAAUAGAUGUCCUGGAAAAUUAUAUUUGCCAAAGAUGGUUUCCUUAA